AUGGCCGCCGUCGCUACAGUAUCAACCCCCUUCAAGUCCCAUGCUGGGCUCUUCUCUUCCCGUACCGCUGGCGGACGGAUGCCCCUGACUCCUUCGCCUCGUCAACGCACAUCCACAACCACUGUGCAGGUGAACCUGAACUCCUCGCCGUUCACCCCUGAGAGGCAAGCGAGCCGUGAUGGCUACCGUCCAUCUUCCAAGUCAGUGUACAGCGGAAACCUCUCUGCACGCUUGGCCCAGUCGACACACCGCGAUUCCCCAAAGUCAAACAUCGCGCGGGGUGUCUCCACCCCCAAGAAGGCCCUUGAGCUCGGUGUUUCCGAUUUCACUCUCACCGGCACUGGCCAGCACACUAAGACACCUUCCAGCGCCAAGUCAAAGAAGGCUCCUCUUAGACAAAAGUCAAAGACAACCCUGACCUACGCUGCUGACCGAUUCAUUCCCAACCGUGCUGCUAGCUCAGCAAUUGCGAAUGUCGGCUCUGGUAAGCUUGACCUGUCAGACAAGCAGCGCCCCAAGACUAGCAGUGGCGAGGCCUCUUCUGUCCUCUCGUCCGCUACUGAUGAUGCCAUCGCUGCCCUUGAGGGCCUGAACAUCAACGAUGACGAGUCUGCCUCAUACUCGCGACCUUCUCCCAACACUGUGGCGUACCAAGAUUCACUGGCCAGCGCAUGCGGUGUCAGCCUGAACACCCGUAUUCUCCAGUUUAAGCCCGCCCCGCCAGAGUCAUCGAAGCCGAUCGACCUCCGCCAACAGUACAACCGCCCCUUGAAGCCUGCCGCCUCAACCUCUGCUCAGUUCCGCAGACGCAUUGCUACAGCACCGGAGCGUGUGUUGGAUGCCCCCGGUCUGAUUGAUGACUAUUACCUGAACCUCCUUGACUGGAGCUCUGGCAACCAGGUCGCCAUCGGUCUUGAGCGAAACGUCUACGUCUGGUCGGCCGAUGAGGGAAGCGUCAGCUGCCUUCUCGAGACCAGCCCUGACACUUACAUCAGCAGCGUGAAGUGGUCUGGUGAUGGCGCUUACGUCGGUGUCGGCCUUGGAACCGGCGAAGUCCAGAUCUGGGACGUUGCCGAAGGCAUCAAGGUCCGCAGCAUGUUCGGGCAUGACACUCGUGUCGGCGUCAUGGGCUGGAACAAGCACCUCCUGUCAACUGGUGCCCGCAGCGGUUUGGUGUACAACCAUGAUGUCCGCAUCGCUGAGCACAAGGUUGCCGAGCUCGUCUCUCACACAUCCGAGGUCUGCGGCCUCGAGUGGCGAUCAGACGGCGCUCAGCUCGCUACUGGCGGCAAUGACAACCUUGUCUCCAUUUGGGAUGCACGAUCGCUGGUUGUCCCCAAGUUCACCAAGACCAACCACAAGGCAGCAGUCAAGGCUCUGGCUUGGUGCCCCUGGAACAUGAACCUGCUCGCUACUGGAGGUGGCAGCUAUGAUCGCCAUAUCCACUUCUGGAACUCUACCUCGGGCGCUCGCGUCAACAGCAUCGACACCGGAUCUCAGGUGACCAGCCUCCGCUGGAGCCCUCAUUACCGUGAGAUCGUCAGCUCUAGUGGAUUCCCGGACAACUCUCUCAGCAUCUGGAGCUACCCUACUCUCGUCCGCAACGUCGAGAUCCCGGCUCAUGAGAGCCGAGUUCUCCACAGCUGCCUGAGCCCGGAUGGUCAGAUGCUGGCCACAGCAGCUGCCGACGAGAGCUUGAAGUUCUGGAAGGUCUUUGAGAAGAAGGCAGGCGCCACUGCCGGUAUGGUUGGUGCUGGUGCUUCCGGCAAGGCGGAUAUGGUCAAGCAGAUGACGAUCCGAUAA